CUUGGAUCCGAUCCAUUCAAUCUCUCCUAUCUUGUUCUUGUGGCCACAGCAUUUAUCGGAGGCCGUGACCGUGUGUCCCCCGACCAGUACAAUGAGCACAACCUUCACAGCCAGUCCCCUCUCUCCGGCCAAAUCUAGACCAAAUGAGGCCAUCGCAAAGGAAACUCCACCACCAUUCCCUUUCUCCCUACUCACCAAGUGCACCUCCCUUCGGCAACUCCAGCAACUCCACGCCCUCGCCAUCAAAUCCCGCCUCCAACACCAUCCUCCCCUGCUCACUAAGCUCAUCACCUCGUGCCCUCCCUCCGCCAUGGACUACGCCCGCCGCCUGUUCGACCAAAUUCCCGACCCGGAUGUCGUCCUCUUCAACACCCUGUCGCGUGGCUACUCCCGUUCCGACGAUCCCAUUCAGUCCGUCGCAGUAUUCGCCCGGAUGCUCGACGCGGGUGUUGGCCCCGACGACUACUCUUUCCCGACCCUUCUCAAGGCGUGCGCGAGCGCGAAGGCCUCGGAGGAGGGGAGGCAAGCCCACGGCGCGGCCGUGAAGCUGGGGUUCGCUGACAACAUCUAUGUGCUCCCCACGCUUAUAAGCAUGUACGCCGAGUGCGGCGAGCUUAAUGUCGCCCGCGCUCUCUUUGCCAGGACGGACGGUCGAUGUGUGAUUUCCUACAACUCCAUGAUCACGGCCUGCGUCCGGAGUAGCCGCCCCAGCGAGGCACUUGCCUUGUUCCGCGAGUUGCAAGCCAAGGGACUCGAGCCGACCGACGUCACGAUGCUCAGUGUUCUCUCCUCCUGUGCCUUGCUGGGUGCGCUGGAACUGGGGAAGUGGAUCCACGAGUACGUAAGAAAGAAUGGAUUUGGCUCGUUUGUGAAGGUCAAUACAGCAUUGAUCGACAUGUAUGCCAAGUGCGGGAGCCUGGAAGAUGCCAUCGGCGUGUUCGGUGACAUGGGCUCGAAGGACACACAAGCUUGGUCGGCCAUGAUCGUAGCUUACGCGAUUCAUGGGCACGGGAGCAAAGCCAUAUCUCUGUUCGAGGAGAUGCUGAAGGAGGGGAUAAAGCCCGACGGCAUUACAUUUCUCGGCGUCCUGUAUGCUUGUAGUCAUUCAGGUAAGGUGGAGGAAGGGCUUGGCUACUUCCGUACCAUGAGGGGUCGCCACGGCGUGAUCCCCGGCAUCAAACACUACGGCUGUGUGGUGGAUCUGUUGGCUCGAGCUGGGCGACUCGACGAGGCUUUCGAGUUCAUCGAUGGUCUGCCGAUGCAGCCCACGCCUAUCCUGUGGCGAACGUUGCUGUCAGCCUGCGGAGGCCAUGGGGACGUCGACCUCGGCAAGCGGGCGUUCGAGAGGAUACUGGAGCUAGACGACACUCAUGGCGGCGACUACGUCAUUAUAUCGAACAUGUGUGCCUCGGAUGGGAGAUGGGAGGACGUGAACCGGAUAAGGCAGCUGAUGAGCGAGAGGGGGGCGGUGAAGGUGCCUGGCUGUAGCUCCAUCGAGGUGGCCAACACGGUUCACGAGUUCUUCUCCGGCGACGGGAAGCACCCGCAGUCGGAAGCGGCACACAGGAUGGUGGACGAAGUGGUGGAGCGAUUGAAGUCGGUCGGCUACGUGCCCGACACUUCGCGAGUGUUUCAUGUUGACAUGGGGGAGGAGGAGAAGGAAGCGAGCCUCCGGUACCACAGCGAGAAGCUGGCGAUCGCCUUCGGGCUCAUAAACACUCCUCCCGGGACGACGCUCCGUGUCGUCAAGAACCUCCGCGUCUGCGGCGACUGCCAUUCCAUGGCUAAGAUGGUGUCCAUGGCGUUCGACAGGGAGAUCGUUCUCCGAGAUCUGAAUCGUUUCCACCAUUUCAAAGAUGGAUUGUGUUCCUGUGGAGAUUUCUGGUGAGCAAAAGGGGAAGCUGUGUUAUCAUCUGUUUGUGGCUCCAGUAGAGAUGGAUCUUUCACUCGCACUAAAAAGGAACGUUUUGAGUAUACAGAGGUCGACACUUAUUUU